AAUUGCGGUUGCUUAGCAAGUUUCUUAUCCGCGGAGAAAAGUUUGAAGAGGUCUUCUCGCGGCUCACUUGGGGCUAAAUUUAUUCACCGAGACUUUUUACUAACUAUUUUCCCAACAGAAGACCAGUAAGAACCGUUUAAAGAUGUCGGUCGCAGGACUUAGGAAGCAAUUCUUCAAAGCCAGUCAGUUGAUGAGUGAAAAGGUUGGAGGUGCUGAAGGAACUAAACUGGAUGAAGACUUUAAAGAACUUGAACGGAAAGCGGAUGUUACCAGCAAAGCAGUAAUGGAUGUGAUUACCAAAACAACGGAGUACUUGCAACCCAAUCCUGCGUCCAGAGCUAAGCUCACCAUGAUGAACACAGUGUCCAAGAUCCGAGGCCAGGGCCAGAGUAGUCCUGGUUAUCCCCAGUCUGAGGCGCUUCUCGGGGAGGCUAUGAAUAAAUAUGGACGGGACAUUGGAGAGGACAAUAGCUUUGGUGGAGCUCUGGUGGAUGUUGGAGAUGCGAUGAAGAGGCUGGCUGAGGUCAAAGACUCUCUGGAUAUUGAUGUGAAGCACAAUUUUAUUGACCCAAUGCUGGCAGUCGCUGACAAGGAUAUCAAAGAUAUUCAGCACCACUUGAAGAAGAUGGAAGGCCGCCGUUUGGACUAUGAUUAUAAAAAGAAACGUCAAGGUAAAAUCCCGGAUGAGGACAUUAGGGUGGCCCUGGAAAAGUUCCACGAGUCCAGAGACCUCGCCGAAAGCUCCAUGCAUAGUCUGCUGGAAACUGAUGUGGAGCAGGUGAGUCAGCUGGCCGCCUUUGUGGAUUCCCUGUUGCAGUACCACAGGCAGGCCACAGAGAUCCUGGAGGAGGUCACAGGGAGACUGAGAGAGAGGGUAAAUGAAGCGGAGUCCCGUCCCAAGCGUGAAUUCAAACCUAAACCCAGGCAAUCCUUUGACUAUGGAGACCAGGAGAACUCGAACGGAGCACAUGCUUCUUUUAGCCCACCAGCAUACACAUCUGCAGCCCAAGCACACUAUCCACCCGCACCGGUCCAAAGACCCUCCAUCAGGAACAAGCCGCGAGAGCCGUGCUGCAAAGCCCUGUAUGACUUUGUGCCAGAAAACGAAGGAGAGCUGGGCUUCGAGGAGGGGGACAUCAUCACGCUGGUCAGGCAAAUCGACGAGAACUGGUUCGAAGGAAGACUUCGCGGAGAAUCUGGGUUCUUUCCCAACAACUAUGUGGAAGUAAUUGUGCCCCUACAACACUAACGCAAGGACGGCAAUAAGAAAACAUCAGAAUGAAGCAGAAUGGGGGAAGAUGAAGGUUGAAAGAUAUCUUAUCAUUACAUGAUAAAAGUGACAAAGAAAUGAAAUAUUUUUUCUGUAUGUUUUGGAUCUAUUGAGGAAAAAGGAGAGACUUAUUUUCUAUCAAGGUUGAAUUAGUUUGCAAACAUGACACUAUGGACAAUUGGUGGGUCAAUGAGAAAAGUGAUGCAUAUUUUCCAGGUGCAUUUGUAAUAUCCUGAGUCUUUAUAAACAAUAAAUCUGCACCUCUGCACUUUGUACAUAGCAGCUCCAGCUGAACACUAAACAGAAAGAAACCUGAUAGAUAUGCAUCAGGGUAUGAUGACGUUCUUUGAUUUAUCCAGAGCAUCUCCUGUGUAUGUGAAUAUUGGAACCACACAAAAUCAUUUUGGCUUUUUUUUAUGUUUCUGUUUUAACCUCUUUGUCUGCACACUUGAGCACUAACAAAGAAGACACUACAGGGAGUGUUUGACAUUACUAGACCUAUGAGGCUAUCUUAUACUGCCAUCUGGUGGUUCUAUGUGAGGGGUCAUUCCUGGCUUUGGAUCUGUGAUUAAGUAAUAAAUCUGAGAUAUUUAAGCAGUCCAUGUGGGAUAUUUUAGCAUAAAAAAGAAAUGCUCUCUGAUGACACUAUUACAUUUAUCACACUAACGAUGCUUAAGCUUGUCUUGGAAGUCAGGGGUUAGAUCUGAGAAACUUCUCAUGAGCUGAGUAGCUUUUAGCUGCAGGUUUGAAAACCGGUUUUGGUGCUAAUAUUUGCAAUACAAGCUAAUGACAAAGACUUUAUCUCAGUUGUUUGUGUUCCAUGCCUUAGAGGAACUUGUUAACUAAUUAGUGUCACUGAUUGAAAUGAAAACAAAAGGUUAGAAAUAAAACAUAUGCUGACAACUUCAAUUGUAGUUCAGAUGAGCGGCAGCCAUGUUGGAUGCAGAAUCCAGGGCUGCUCUGGGCCUUCCAGCUUCAUGUAGCGGUCUAGUUUUAUUUCCUGGGAACUUGGAAAUCCAACUUGCAGACACAAACCUAAAGCACUAUGAUGAUCGAUAGUUGCUAUAUUGAAACAUGAAUAAUAAAUUAUCUAAAAACGCUCCUAUUCUAAUUGAAAAUGAUAAGGCGUGUUUGCUCACAUAUAGAUAACAUCUGAUGUUAGAGCAGAUGGUCGUAUUCUAUCCAGACUAAUUUGAAGUUGCCGUAAAAUAUGGAGACCAUUUAGAUCUAGUCUAUAUAAUGAGUAAUUUCACCAAAGCCGACUUGAUUGCGUUAUGUUCCUUUAUUUUCUCAGGCUCAACUGAUGCUGCUGGCAGCGUCACUGAAGUUUUUCAUUGCUCUCUUUUUUUUUUUUUUUUUCUUUUUUUUUGUGCGUUUGUGAAUUUUCUAUCUAUGAUGUGUUCUUACUCCUCAGCUUUGUGUAGGCUUGGCUUUGAUUUGGAGCAUGGAAAUGUAUGGUGAUGUGAGCUUGGCGUUGCUGUACCUGCCUCUGCUUUCAGACCUAAACUGUGCACCAGAGCUGACGGAGGAUUUUAUCUGCCUGUGAUUGUGCACGCAGUUUCCAAAUAACAAGGAAGAUCUUUCCACAAUUGCUGGUUUCAGUUCCAGUUAAGCCUAUUACAAGCAGACUGUGAACUGUCACGGUCUGUGCUGUUUGUUAAAAUGCCAACUUUCUCCUCUUCUCAUGAUCCCCUUGUUAGACUGCCCCCUGCCCCGCUCAUCUUUGCCAUCUCUAUUUAAAGUGCAAGUGGAACAGACAGGUCUUUUUCUGCAGAGAAGGGGACACAGCGGUGGAUUAUGCCCUCCCCCACCACUCUAUUCAGCACCUGCCCCCUUCCUCAUUAUCUGUCCCGUCCCAAACCCACGAUGCCUCUCAUGCUCAAUUCCGUAUGCAUACUUUAUAUUACAUCCACCCUGCCUGUCCUUCUGCAGACCUCUUAAUGUGUCUGUUAUUAGCAGUAUGUUUAGGACCCUCGAUCUGUGGUUCAGGUGUGGCUUUACAUGCCUCAUUAAACUAAACCAAAACCCCGUGAGGAGGCAGAAGGUCUUCAGCUCAGCUUGGAUCAUCUAGAUGACAAAUGAUGUCAUAGAACAAAGGGCUAAGAUCAGUUAUUGUGGGCGAUUCAGCAGACAUGAUCAGUUUUGCAAUUUAAGUAUUACCAGCUUUAAAGCAUUAUUUCAUUAUGCACAUGUUCUAUGAAAGAUGAUCAUUUUCUUGUGUGUAUGUAUCUUUGUAGAAAGCUUCGGAAUUAAUCAGUACUUGUUUCUGUAACUGUGAUGCUUUGGGAAGGGUAAAUGUGGGAUUAUCCUGGAUUAUCUCCAAAAUGUGUGGAUUACCUCCAUACCAGUUGAAGUGUAAUCUUGUGUGUUUUUAUUGUCCAUGAAUGGAUUCUGUUCUUUCUCUCCAAUAAAUGGUAAAUAUUU